GAAACUAAGUCUUUGAUGAAUUGGAAGUUUCAUGGGCCCAAAAUCACACAAUUCAAGGCUAUUGUUGCCGUUUCUCAUAGUUUCGGUUCAAGAACACUAACAAAGACGCCUUUUGGGCACUUUCGAUUGGAUCCUGAUAUAAGACCACUCUCAUACGAGCUCAAAGUUAUCCCGCGUCUGGAAGAAUCCAUUUUCUACGGAACUUUUGGAAUCGUGCUUCGAUCAACAAAAUCCAUCAGUGCCAUAACUUUGCAUUCAGUUCAAUUGAGCUUAUCAAAAAGAGAUUUGAAACUCCAUUGGCAACCGAACGAGAUGAUUGAGCUUGAAAUUACGGAUUUAGUUUGGGAUACUCAAGAGCAAACCAUGACCAUUUCAUUCGAUGGCUCGUUGGCGGGAGACUUGUCCAAUGAGACCUUAAUUUUAAGUGGAAAUUAUACUGGUAUCCUAACCAACGAUGGGUACGGGUUUUAUCAAGACUCGUUCCAACGAGCCAUGGAUGGAACCGUCUCGAAAAUGGCUGUUACACAACUGGAACCGCACUUUGCCAGGCGAAUGUUUCCUGCUUUUGACGAGCCCAGCUUCAAAGCUCAGUUUCAAAUUUCUGUGGCUGCUCCUCCGGAAUGGUUGGUUCAAGGGAACGUAGCAAUACGUGCCAGCGGACAAAGGGUCCAUGAGUUUCCGGGUCUCGUGUGGACCGAGUUCCAAACUACAGAGGUAAUGGCUCCUUACACUGUGGCACUUUCCGUCAGUGAAUUGGAUUGCCAGAACUGUUCCAACGAUAUCCAGGACACGCCUAUUGUGCGAGUGUGUGCCCGGCAUGAACAGUUAUCCUUGGGUCGGGGUGAAUAUGCAUGCUCAAUUCCAGAUAAGGCUCUGAUUCGUCUAGUUGAAGAAUUUGCCAUCGAUCCCUUGUUAGAGAAGAUUGACUUGAUAGCCCCACCCUCGAAAGGUGGAGCGAUGGAGAAUUGGGGCUUGAAUACCUUUGGUGAGAAUCUCCUUCUCAUCGAUCCUCUGAGCUCGAGUGACAAGGAUCGGAGGCUAGCUCUUCAAGUGGUGUCUCAUGAAUUGACCCACCAAUGGUUUGGCAAUCUAAUUACAUUAGGCUUUUGGGACGAGGUCUGGUUGAAUGAAGGCUUCACAUCAUAUUACUCCUAUGUGGGCAUGGACGCGAUCGAACCCGAAUCAGAUCAUUUGCAUUUCAUACAAACCAAUGAAGUCCACGGAGCCAUGGAAUACGAUGCGUGGAGUAAUGGCCAUGCAUUAAAGACCGAAAUAACGCGUAUAGACCAGUACGAGGCCUUGUUCGAUUCACUGUCAUAUCAGAAAGGUGCAGCCAUUGUGCGAAUGAUGAUCCAUUGGAUUUCGGCCCCCACCUUCCAGAGAGCCAUCCAUCAAUUCUUGUCUGACACACUGUUUGGCGCUUCUUCAUCUAUGGCACUGUUGCCGAUACUCGAUCAAGUAGCCAAAGAAGACGGGAGCCUCUCCGUGCACGACGACUUCCAAGAGUUUAUGAGAAGUUGGUUGGAACAACCGAGCUUUCCUGUCCUUUACGUGAGUGAGUCAAAAUCACGUCCAGGGGAGAUUCUUUUGGAACAAUUCAAAAUGAGCCAACCCAAUGAAAACGCCAACUUCACCAUCUGCUGUACCCAAGGCGAAAACGCCAACUUCACCAUCCCUGUAACUUGGAGGACGGUUCUGGAUGAGGGUGGCAGUAGGUCUUUUGUGAUGAGAUGUGCCAAAUUAACUUUCCAAGUCAAUGACUUGAGUGACAACGACAUCCUCCUUUUUAAUCCCAAUCAAACUGGAUAUUAUCGAGUGAAUUACGAGCUCGAGAAUUGGAACAAGAUCCAAUUGGUUCUAAUGGACAGACCUGAUCAAAUUUCAGCCCCCACCCGAGUGCAACUUUUGAACGACGCUUUCAGUUUGGCACAUUUCGAGCACUUGGAUUUUGAAGUCCCAUUGCAUCUGGCUCGAUAUAUAGCCACUGAUCAUCAUCAUCUUCCAUGGAGUGUACUUACCAAGGAACUUCAGAAAGUUGGAUCGUACCUCAAGUUGACUGAAGUCUACGAAAAGUUUCUACAAUUUGUGUCGGAACUCACUCGAUCAAAAUAUCUGGAGAUUGGGUUGGCCGACAACCAGGAGGAUUUCACUCAUAGGUUCCUAAGAAAAGACAUCAUUCAGUUGUCUUCCCUUUGCAACUUGGAGGAGCUCAGAAUCGAUCUGGAACCUUUGAUGUCACGCUGGAUGGCCUCAUUGACACCCGAUGAGGUAGACUCGAAUCCGUUCAACCAGAACUCUCGAUAUGAAAUCUACUGUGCACUCGUCGGACAGGACUCCGUCGAUUUCUGGGGUUUUCUCUAUCAACGAUAUAUCACUGCAAUUGGUAAUCCUGAACGAGAAUCGGGUGACAUUUUGGCAGCUUUGGGGUGUAGCAACAGUGAGGCGCAAUUGGAGUGGUUCCUCGACCAAUUGCUGAUUGCAAAUAAUAGUAUUACCCAACGUUUCGAUGCCUACAAAGUACUACAUAGCGUUGGAAAUAAUCCAAAGGGUCGAGAAAUAGUUUGGACUUGGAUGGAUCUCAAUUGGAAUUUCUUGAAAGAAGGCACCCUCGGUCCGGUGGAUUUGCUCGUGUCUGUGGCUGCUCAAGCAUUGGGCUAUAGCUCUUUCCAAUUGUCUGACCAAUUGAUUUUGGACCAAUUCUUAUUGGACCACGGAUCAGACAUUCUAAUUGCAAGUGGGUCAAUUCGAAAAGCCAAGCUUCAAAUCCAAAGUAAUGCAUUGUGGCAUCAAACUCAUUAUGAUCAAUUUGAAGCUUUUUUUUCUUGAAUAAAAAAAUUAUUUUAUA